AGAUUUAAAAAACAUCGCGCGAAAUCAAGAAAAUUGUUUUAUCAGAAGGAAAAAAGGAACUGUUUAAAUCCCCAAACCGUUCGCUUCAAAUCUCCAAAAGUGGAAAACUAGAAGAAAAAAUUUUCGCAAUUAAUGUAUUUUUUCCGUGAUUUCUAAAGUUCAUGUGUUUAGGUUUUAGCAAUGUCGAAGAUAGAGAGAUCUGUUUCAGCUCAAAGCAAUUUGUUCGAAUGCGAAGAAGAAAAUGCAGUCAACGAAAGGGAGAAUAGCGGCCGGGUAGAUGAAGAAAUAACAUUGUUUGCUCAGAAAAAGCUGCGUCAACGCGAGUACGAUUAUGUUGAAAACAAGCAAAACGGCAACAUUGAAAAUUUACAAGUUACGGGAGUUGGUCUUCUGUCAAAGAUUCAGAAUCUUGAGAAUCGAUUUGCUUUUGCCUUCACAAAAUUCAGGGUUUCUGAAUUGUCUAUUGGCAACAUCGAACUGUCCAAAUUUGUUGCUGAGUUGGAUGAACAAGUUCAACUUUGUUUUGCUGAGAUGAAGCAAUUCUGUACUCUUUAUUCAUUUGCAAAUCUUAAAGGAACUUGCGGUUAUUAUGAUUUGGAAAUUUUAGGAAGUUCGGAUUUGAUUAGUCAAAAGCAGCAGUUAUGUUCUCCUUAUCAAGAGCGUUUUGAUAUGGUAAAGGAAUUGUCAGAAAAAUUACUUGAGAUAGAGAAGCUUAAAUCUGACAACUUGCUCAAGGAGCAUGAGCUUGAGGGUUUAAGGUAUAGUCAAAAAGAGUUAGAAACUUGGAUUUAUUCUGCUGAGAAGGAAAAAAGCCAGUUGGAGGAAGAUAUGGAUAUCAUGAGAAGGGAAGUUGUUGUUACAGCUAAAUUUUUUGAUGAUUUACGGAGCGAAAUGGUGGAACUGAAUAGCAAUAUGGACUCCAAGAUUUCUCCCAACAAAAUUCUCAAGAAGAAAUCCUUUGAACUUGAAGAUGAAAAGCAGGAAGUGAAAGUUUAUUCAUCUGAACUUGAAGAAGAAGACUUACUUUUGUCUGAUCAGUUAUGUGGCUUAGAGGAAAAAAUCAUGUAUCUAAUCGAUGAGAAAGAGUCAUACCAUAUUGAAAGGAAAAGUCCAGAAUUUGAUGCUAUAGAUUUCAAAGAUGAGAUAAUAACAAGAUUGGAAGAUGAAAUAGAAGUAGAAAGGCUUGUUAUAAGACGGAAGAUGGAAGAAGUGCAAAGGCAAUGGUUUGAAGUCCGAGUAGAGUGUGAUUAUCUAAAAGUUGAAAAUCUCAAACUCAUUAAAGAAUGUAGCAUGCUUCAGAAAGAAAAUGGAGAGCUAUGGAAGCAAAAGACCAAGUUAAAUGAGUAUUGUACAGUAUUAGAAACAGAAUUGAACAAAGUUGAUAACCUUCAAAGAAAGAAUCAACUGUUAGAAGAAGAAAUUUUGGCUCAAUUGCAAAAAAAGUUACAACUUCAGAAAGUAAUCUUGGCUCUCAAAGAAACAAUUAGUGAAACCAAGUCUGAAAAUGAGAUGCUGGAAGCUUCUUUUAGGAUGUUAUCUCGAGAGCAUGAAGAGCUUGAGGCUAAAACAACGUUAUUUGUUCAGAAAAUCUUGAAUAGUUGCAAACGUAGGAGAGUUGCCCUUGAAGAAGGCUUGGAAACUUAUGAAGCUCUGCCGGAAAAUGAGCUGAUUGAUGACAAGCAAAACUCCAAUACUGAAAAUCCUCGAUUUAUAGGAGUUGAGCUUGCCGAAGCUUUAGAGUUGUUUUGUCUCAUCUUUAGUAACAUGAAACCAGGCUUGCCAAAAGUAUCCCGGGCAAGGGAUGCUAAAACUAUUUCGACAUCCGCUGUCAUCAUAUAUCGUACAAAUUCAACUCUCAAAGUCAGUCAUGUAGAUGUUCCCGGUAAGUCGACAGAUGAAGGAGGUGCAGGAAACGACAGACGUGAAUGCAAGGUAUCGUUGCCUAAGAUUGAGAUGAGUGCACUGCAAUGUAUCAAAUAUGCUGAGGUAGAUGCAGUAACACCCCCAACCCGUACCCUACUUGGAUUCGAGUCCAAUGUGUCACAUUGA